AUGAAUCCUGUCAUCAGGACCAUGGGCCUGACCUUUCCCAGGGUCAGACACGCCCUCUGCCCCGCCCCUCGCCUCCUGUCCGGCGGACAAGUCACUGAGGACGUGACUGGAGGAUCAGGAUCUCCACCAAUCACAGGAUCUCCACCAAUCACAGGAUCUCCACCAAUCACAGGAUCUUCACCAAUCACAGGCUCUCCACCAAUCACAGGAUCUCCACCAAUCACAGGAUCUCCACCAAUCACAGGAUCUUCACCAAUCACAGGCUCUCCACCAAUCACAGGAUCUCCACCAAUCACAGGGCAGGGAUCUCCACCAAUCACAGGGCAGGCGUCUCUCUACGUGCAUUGGCCUUACUGCCUCAGGAGAUGCCCCUACUGCAACUUCAACAAGUACAUCCCCAGAGAGGACAACCACCAGCUCAUGACCGAGUGCCUGCAGCGGGAGGCCGGCACGCUGCUGCAGCUCAGUCAGGCGUCCAGCAUCACCUCUGUGUUUUUUGGCGGCGGGACCCCCAGCCUUGCCCACCCAUCCACCAUCGCCGCCAUCCUGGAAACCGUCUCCAGGCGGGUGACUCUGUCGGAUGAGGCCGAGGUCACGCUGGAGGUCAACCCCACUCCUGCAGCUAUGUCGAAGUUGGAGGAUUACUGCCGCGCCGGGGUCAACCGCUUCUCCAUCGGGGUCCAGUCUUUGCUGGAUGAUGAUUUGAAGAUUCUGGGAAGAGACCACAGUUCCCUUCAGGCUUUGCAAACCAUGGAGGAGGCCCGGAGGCUGUGCCCGGGGAGGGUGUCGGUAGACGUCAUGUUCGGACGCCCCAAACAGAGCGUUGCAUCCUGGGAGGAAGAGCUGUGCGAGCUGCUGAGGGUGUGCGACGACCACGUGUCUCUGUACCAGCUGACCCUGGAGCGAGGGACCCAGAUGUUCAACAUGGUGCAACGAGGGGAAGUCACGGUGCCGGCUGACGACCUGACGGCCGAGAUGUACCAGUGCGCCAGGAGGACUCUCCAUCAGAAGGGCUUCCUGCAGUACGAGGUGUCGAACUUUGCAAGAAAUAAUGCAGCGAGUCAUCACAACCAGAGCUACUGGAAAGGACGACAGUACAUCGGCAUCGGCCCAGGAGCACACGGCCGCUUCGUUCCUCUGGGGGAGGGGGGUGUGGCCCGGGAGGCUCGGACCCAGACUCUCGAUCCUGACGGCUGGAUUCGUGAAGUCCGACAGAACGGACACGGGACGCGUAGGCGGGUUCAGCUCAGCCAUCUCGAACUAUUGGAGGAGGUGCUGGUGAUGGGGAUGAGAAUGACAGAGGGCAUCGAUCACAAGCACUGGGAGGUGUUCAGCCCUCAGAUGGGACUCCAUGAAGUCUUUGGCACAUCCACCGAUGUCCAAGAGUUGCUACAGCGUGGACAGCUGAUUCUUGAUGAAAGGGGUCUGCGCUGCUCCUGGGACGGACUGGCCUUACUGGACAGCAUACUUCCAUCUCUACUGGUGGAGCUACAAACCCAAAUCCUCCAGGGGCCACAAAGGGACCACAGCCACUGAAGACCUCCAACCCAGUAUGAAAGUAAUGUUAAUAACAGAGCAGAUGAUUUUGGAGAAAGCUUGUUUGUGGGUCAGACUGACACAAGGUUAAGUUUAAUGCCAAAAUAUUUAAAUACCUUAUUUAAUGCUUUACAUGUAGACUGUGUAUUCUUUGAGUUGUAGUGUUUUGCUGUCAUGACAACUCAAGACCAUCACAACCUCACCACUGUAACUGACACUGAAACCUUUCUCAUUAAAUCUUUCCCCUGUCAUCUAAA